CGCUUCUUCAAACAGCAUCAUGAGCAACCCCAAGGUUUUCUUCGACAUCAGCGCGGACUCCCAGCCCCUGGGCCGCAUCACGAUGGAGCUGCGCGCUGACGUUGUCCCUCGCACUGCCGAGAACUUCCGUGCUCUCUGCACCGGCGAGAAGGGCUUUGGCUACAAGGGCUGCAGCUUCCACCGCGUGAUCCCCCAGUUCAUGUGCCAGGGUGGUGACUUCACCAACCACAACGGCACCGGUGGCAAGUCCAUCUACGGCGCCAAGUUUGCUGAUGAGAACUUCACCCUCAAGCACACCGGCCCCGGUAUCCUCUCCAUGGCCAACGCUGGCCCCAACACCAACGGCUCGCAGUUCUUCCUCUGCACCGUCAAGACCGCCUGGCUCGAUGGCAAGCACGUUGUCUUCGGCUCUGUCGUUGACGGUAUGGACGUUGUCAAGAAGGUCGAGUCCUACGGUACCGACUCUGGCAAGACCCGCGCCAAGAUUGUCAUUGCCGACUGCGGUGAGAUCAAGGCCUAAGUGCUUCACUUUUCGACCUUUGACUUUUUGGGGCGUGGCCAUGCUUGAGCACCACGGCUCUUUUAUGGUUGAGAGGCACGAGGUGCUUUGAACCCCUGUUUUUCAAAAAUUCCACAAAUCGAUCAAAAAAAUUG